GCGCCCCCCAGGCGUGUCGAAAUCUCUUCAAAAAUCUCGUUUUGUAAUAACGCGGUCAAAUUUUCGCGCAUUUUUUGUCUAUAACCCCUGUGUUCGUUAUUUUCAAAACUUGCAAGGUUCAUCACGACCGAUCGCUUUUUUUGCGUUCCUAAAUAAUCAUUUGACCUAACUUUUAGAGAAAAGCAACUGAAAUUAAUAUAAGGUUAACUUUAGCUUAAUGUCUGUGCGACAGUCUAUACAAAUAUUAUAUAUAUAGACUCACGGGGUUUGAAUAAGGAACAUUGGAUUAUUGGGGGUUAUGCCGGCAGUUUCAACAAUGGACGAGGCUCUAGUGACUCAGCCAACUACCAAACUAUGUUUUUCCGACCAAAUACAUUGCGUCGAGCUGUCACCUUACGAAUGGUCACAACAUCUUAUUUGCAUCGCUCUUAGUCAGGAAAUUAUCGUAGGAACGGUCCAUUUCCAGGACGAGGAUGAACUCAUCGAGGAUAUUUCUUACAAACCCCUUAGAACAUUUCAUCACGAUACCAGAGUUCACACAAUUGCCUGGAGUCCGGACACUUCGCUGAGCGUUGUUCCCAAAAUUGUUUCUUUCUGCGCAGCUGGGGCAGAUUUUAAGAUACGACUUUACAACAGUAAUCUGAAUGAUGUUCAUGUUUAUGAGAUAUUGGAAAGCCACAAGGAUUACAUAAAUGAUUUGUCGUACGAGUCAGAGGGUGAACUUUUGGCAUCAGUGUCGGACGACCACACGUGCAAGUUGUGGGCCGUGAAGGAGGAACAAAAGUAUGUGACCAGUUUUUAUCUAACAUCGCCAGGAAUGAGCGUUUGUUGGCAUACCGAGGAAUCCGGAAAAUUGUUAGUCGCCGAAAAAAACGGUUUGAUUCAUAUGUACAACGUGAGGAGUCAGCAGGCAAUAAUGUCGUUAGAUGCUGGAGUUAUUCCAUUGACAUGUGCCGACUGGGGACCAAAUCCGUUGAAGGUCGUUUGUCUGGCAUCUGGUGAGCUACUACUGUGGGAUGUUUCGAGACCCAGUCGUCCGACGGAAAGCCGAACGCUUCACAUCGAAGGCGGUCUAUCUGUGAAAUUUGCACGGGGCAACGAGAACCUCGUUGCAAGUCUCGGUCGUCCUGAUAAUCUCGUAAAAGUCACGAAUUUGCGGACUAAACAAGUCGUUAUGUGCGGUAAAGUUCGGCUGGUUGGUAGUAUAACGUGGCAUCACAAAUUACCUUACCUCUGUGCUGCCAACGAUCGUGAACUUUUCUUCUGGCGUUUGAACUCAAAGUGAUGGACCAACGAAAGGUUGCAUCGGUGCCAAUUUGCCAACGAAACAUCCACAUUGCGCUUCGAAAUGAAAUACAAUAAUCGAGAAUAUUUUAAUUGUA